GUUGAAUAAUAGUGUGAGUGGUAAUGCUAAACCAACGAAUCACCCAAUGGAUCGACAAAACCAUGAGCUCAUGACUCACCACUACAACAAGGAGGUAGGGACGAUGAUGAAUCGUGCUCUGGUCCUACUAUUACAAGCUUUUACUCUUUCUUGCUUAGCGUCGGGCAAAGUGAUUCUGAUGAGGGACAACAUCACUAGCGCUUUUGAUGACAUCGAAGCUAAUUUCGCUCCGUCUGUGAAAGGUGCUGGUGAAAUUGGAGUCCUUUAUGUCGCUGAGCCUCUUGACGCUUGCGAAAACCUGAUGAAUAAACCCAAACAGAGCUCAAAUGAAUCUUCCCCUUUCGUGUUGAUCGUAAGAGGAGGUUGCAGUUUUGAAGAUAAAGUCAGAAAAGCUCAGAAAGCUGGCUUCAAAGCCGCCAUUAUCCAUAACAACGAAGACCGUGGAAUCUUGAUUGCAAUGGCAGGUAACUCGGGAGGUAUCAAGAUUCAUUCGGUUUUCGUCACCAAAGAGACUGGAGAAGCUUUGAGGAAGGCUGCUGGUUUCUCCGACACGAAAGUCUGGUUGCUUCCGAGCUUCGAGAACUCGGCUUGGUCGAUCAUGGCGGUUUCGUUCAUCUCGCUGCUCGCCAUGUCAGCUGUUCUCGCCACCUGCUUCUUCGUCCGCAGGCAUCGCAUAAGAAGGCGAACAUCUCGGUCCUCUAGAGUCCGUGAGUUCCACGGUAUGAGUCGCCGCUUGGUGAAAGCAAUGCCGAGUCUUAUAUUCUCUUCCGUACACGAAGACAACACUACUGCAUUCGCUUGCGCUAUCUGCCUCGAAGACUACACCGUCGGCGACAAGCUUAGGCUCCUUCCUUGCCGUCACAAGUUUCAUGCCGUGUGCGUUGACUCGUGGUUGACCUCGUGGAGAACUUUCUGUCCAGUGUGCAAACGGGAUGCGAGGACGAGCAACGGCGAGCCGCCGGCUUCAGAGAGCACGCCGUUGCUGUCCUCCGCCUCGUCGUCUUUCCGUUCUUCAUCUGCGCUCUCUUCGUUCAGAUCAUCCGCAAUGUUGAUAGGUCCUUCCAUGGGGUCGGUACCAACUUCAAUCUCUUUCUCUCCCGCACACGCGAGCUCGUCCUACAUCAGACAAUCGUUCCGGUCUUCCUCUCUCCGGCGAUCUCCUCCGAUAAGCGUAAGCCGAAGCUCCGUGGAUCUCGGACAACAAGGAGCUUCUCCAUCACCGUCACAGAGAUCAUACAUUUCACACAUGGCUUCUCCGCAGUCGCUCGGUUACCCGACUAUCUCGCCUCUCAACGCGAGGUACAUGUCACCAUACCGGCCUAGCCCGAGCAAUGCGUCGCCCGGUUUAGUCGGUUCAUCGAAUUAUCCGGUCCAUCCGCUGCGGUACAGUGAAUCAGCCGGAACUUUCUCUCCUUACGCCUCUGCAAACUCGCUGCCAGACUUGAAUGAAGAAAAGCCGUUCCACCGUUGGCCGGACUUUCCAUCUCCGGCGUCGAGGAUCUCAUCUCGGCGGUUGAGGAAUUCAAUCCCACACCAUGCCGAUGAGGCACCUCAACGCCGUUGCCAAUUCCCGUCUGCCUCCAAUUCGAUUCCCCAUUCGAUAGACCCGGGAUCGAAAUUACCUGAUUCCGCCGCCGCGGUAUCAUCGGAUCCAUUCACCGAUGUCUUGGUGGCUUUUAGAAAAUGGGACUCGCGAGUGGGUUGUGCUCGGUUCAGGGAGAAUCAUAAGGAUUCGAUCCGCGGCAACGUUAGUUCGGGCUCUCUACAAGCAAUCGGUGGCGGGUCGGGUUGUGGUAAGCUUAGGAUGGAGCACGUUAGGGUAUUGGUGAAAGGGUGGACUUGGAUUCCGGAUAAUUUGGAAAAUCUCUACUCUUGUCGAUGUGGGAUGACUUGUUUGUGGACUAAAUCACCGGUUCUUGCUGAUUCACCUGAUGCUUUGUUGUUCGAGACGACAACACCUCCGUUUCAGAGACGUGUUGGAGAUCCUCUCCGUGUGUAUAUGGAGCUAGAGGCCGGAAGAAAACGCUCAGGGCGUGAAGAUAUAUUCAUCAGCUACCAUGCCAAAGAUGAUGUCCAGACAACUUACGCGGGUGCUCUGUUUCAUAAUAACAGAAACUAUCACAUCUCUGCACAUAAAAACAAUGAUGUUCUGGUGUAUUGGUCUUCUUCUAGAUGCCUCGCUCACAGAGACAGCCUCGCUAAAAGCCUCCUCGAUCUGAUCCCGCACCACUCCUUUGGAAAGUGUCUAAACAAUGUCGGCGGCUUGAACUCAGCACUCUCUAUGUAUCCGGAAUGCGUCUCCGAGUCCAACGCCGAGCCAAAAUGGUACGACCACCUCCACUGCGCUAUGUCGCACUACAAAUUCGUCCUUGCGAUAGAAAACACAGCCACUGAGUCAUACGUGACCGAGAAGCUUUACUACGCGCUCGACUCGGGCUCUGUUCCCAUCUAUUUCGGGGCCUCUAACGUGCAAGAUUUUGUCCCGCCUCAUUCGGUGAUAGACGGUAACAAAUUCGGCUCGGUGGAGGAACUGGCGGCUUACGUGAAGCGGCUCGGUGAUGAUCCCGUGGCUUACUCGGAGUACCACGCGUGGAGGCGGUGUGGAGUAAUGGGGAACUAUGGGAAAACCCGCGCGGUGAGUCUCGAUACGUUGCCGUGUCGUUUGUGUGAAGAGAUUAGCAGAAGAGGCGGGAAAAACGCCGGAGCUUGACGAGCCACACCGGUAGUGUCUAGUGUGGGAUUUGUUCACAUGAUACCAUUGGUCUUGUGGAUGAAGUAUGUGGGAUUACCCUGAGAAGUGGUAUGUAAUAUAGAGAGAAGAGCGCGAGUCACAUUAAAAUACUUUCAUGAGACAAGAGCAUCAGUGACCUUGCUUGUGACCCACACUUCGAUUUUGAUCUCCCCAAGGAGGGGUUGAUGUAAUAAAGAAAGCCUAUCUACUCCGAAACCUCACAAGAUUUUGAUGAGCUUUUUUAUAAAACAAAUAAACUUUGUGUAAUGUUCUUGGCCAAAUUGUUU